CAGCCUUUUUUCAGGACAGGGUGGGUCUCUGUGAGACCAGGAGCAGUGUCGCAGAAUUUCAUCUUGGGAUGCAUGAGCAGCGCUGGAGAGAGAUAGAUCGACAAACAGAUUGACAGAUUAGAUAGAGGGAGAGGCACAAGAGGGCGUGUUCUGGUGCCUGCUCUCCUGACCACAAAGGAUUUUUGGCUCUCUGUCACUGACCAGCACCAGCGAUCUGACCAGCGGACUCGCUCUGGCCUCCAGGACCCGAGAGAGACCUGCUGUAACUCGUCCCACCUGCACUCCAGCCAUAUCCCUCCACGAGAUUUCUUCAUGUUCUCCAGCUAAACAUUUGCUAAGUAAACAGGGGGCCCUAUGGAGGACCGAGAGGAGCCACAGGAGGCCCUGAGGGGUCUGAACGACCGGCUGAGGGGCUUCCUGCAGCAUGUGGCGCAGCUGCAGCGCGACAACCAGAUGCUGCAGGAGAGGAUAGUGGAGUUUGGACGCAGAAGUGGUCAGCAUGAGCAGGAGUGGAGCGCGAGGGAGAGGACAGUGGGGCAGCUACGGGAGCAGAUUAGCCAAUUGCUAAUAGAAAACGCUGAGUUGGCUCUGCGCACAGAAAACACCAAAUCCAGGGUUUCUUGCCUCCAGAGCAGGUGUGAAGCUGAAGAGAAACUGCGUCUGCGUUUGGAGCAGCGGGUCUCUGAGCUGAUGGAGAAAAAGACGGACAUGGAUCUGGCCAACAGCCUGCUGGAGAGACAGCUUAACACCCUCAGAGAGGAGCUGCUGCUAAUGGAGGAGGAGCAGGAGAGGGAGCUGUUUCUGCAGCAGCAGCAGGCAGCUGAUGGUGUGUUAGUGCAGGCAGCUGCAGAGGAGGAGGAUGGCAGAGGAAUGGAGCUCCGGCGCCCCCGUCCCGGCCCCAGUCCAGCCCCAGGCCUCAGGCCCGCUCCAGCCCGCACCAGGACGGACACGGCCGUCCCCAACGGAGACGCACCUCCACAGGUGAGCCGAGGUGACGAGGCCUUGUGGGAGGCGAGGGCGGAGCUCACAGAAGUCCGAAAGCGUUGGCACAGUUUACAGGUGGAGAUAGAGUCUCUACAUGCUCUGGAGCGAAGCCUGCAGAGCUCACUGCGACACACACAGCAGCACUACUCGCAGCAGCUGCAGGACCUGUCCCGCUCUGUAAGGGGGCUGGAAGCAGAGUUGGAGGACGUCCGGGACGGCCUGGCUGUGCAGAGGCAACAACAUGGCCAGCUGCUCAACACCAAGAUGAGGCUGGAAAGAGAGAUCGCCACCUACAGGAGGCUGCUGGAACACGAGGAGGGCAGGUUCCUCAGUGCGGAUGGUCAGCCACGGAGGCUGAAGCCCUGGAGAGGCUCGACCCCACUGCUGCAGCAGAACGGUGUGUGUAAUGGUUCUGUGGAAGAUGGUGUCCUCUCUGAGAAACCAGUCAAACCGGGAGCGACACUGCACCGAGAGGGCAGCCUCGUCAUUCUCACAGAGCCCAUAGGCAGCAGAGACGGGGAGAUUUCCACAGUAAAGACGCAGGAGAUUCUGGAUGGGAACGUGGUGCGAGAGAGUGCUGAGGGACAUGGACGAGUGGAAACGGAGAAGAUCGAUAAGGUCAUCAAACAGUGGGAGGGCUCAAUUUUCAAAGGGAACCCAAAGCUGAGGAAGAAAUCGGUGUCUCUGCGUUUUGACCUGCACAUGGCUGUAGCGGACGAAGGCUGCAGUCAGACCAAGCAGGACAGUCUGCCGGACGUGGAGGUUCGCUUGGUCAUGAAACGCUCCCGGAGCAUCCCCACCAUAACACAGUGACCUCACAACCAAGAACUGCUGUUGCGUCACAACAACGACACAUUUGCCCUUCAUCAAAGGACAGGACGUGAUGACAUCACUGUGGCUACAUCAUAGACUUCUGGUUGAGGGAGAAAAAAAAUCAGCUGAAUAUGCCAGAUUUGCACUUUCAUACUGCUACACAUCACUGGUAAAACAUCACAGCCAUUUAUUUGGGCCUUGAAUGCCAAACCUCAACUCUGACUGGUAGAUCAGAUCAGAAAGGAGAGAGCUUUUCACAUGAGGUUUAACAUUUCACGGUGUACAGGCUACCACUGUUGCUACGGUUAACGCAAAAGGUCAGUUUAUUUAGUUUGAAAAAAUGAGCCACUGCAAAGCUAAAGGUAAGCAACUUUAGACUCUUAUUGGAGUGGAAAAAAAAUCUUCAAUCUGAUGAAAAAUAACAAGGGUGAUCUAAUUUUACACCCCAGUGGGCCUCGCUGUGUCAACACAGCUUCUAAAUAGAACUGCAAGCCAGGCAAAAUGCAGCAGACAGAAUCAAACUGAGAUUAUAAAGAGACUUGGCGGCUAGCGCUGUCCUUUGGCUAUCAGCUGCCUUUAGGUUUACUGGACAGCCAUGUUACUGUGCAAACAUCAAGCAUAUCGAAUAGAAGAAGUGCUUAGAACACACUGUACUAUGGUUGCCUUCAUAUGAGUAGCAAUUAAAUCCCUAAUAGCUUUUGUUUAGCACAUUUGUAGGCCGUGUUCACUGUUUUGGCAUCUGUCAACAGCUUUUGCCAUUGAUUUCAAUAAGAAUAACGCAUUGAUGGACAGUUGAACAUUUGACUGGAAUGUCCUUCAUGCGUAAUCACUGUCAGUUCACAUCCAACUAUAGGGACAGCUAAUGGUUAGCUCAAACCAGCACUAAAUCUAGCAAUGAUGAAAUGCUAACAUUUAUCAAGCUAAAAUGAAGCAGUAUUGGAUGUUUUAGGUUAGCAAAAUGAAUAAAUAUCACCUCAGACUAUGACUGCGUUCUUAGCUAAGCUGCAGUGUUGUGUUUGCUUGAAGAAUCCAACUGUAAAAAGGUGCCAGUCGUGCUAGUCAUGAUGCUAGCAGGCUAGUCAAAGUAGCACUGCAGUAAAGCAUUGACAGAUGCUAAUAUGUCAAAGUGAACACGGCCUUUAACCAACUGCAAAACUGUGUUUUUCAAUCCUUUAUAGAUUCUACGGAGCCCCGGAGGGACGAAAGUAAAAAUAAGAAUUAAUUUGAGUGAACAUUUUGCAGUUUGUACGCCUGUUUUCUUUUAUUCGCGGUCACUUCUUAAAUUGUUCCCUUGUUUUCUUUUAAUCGUGCGCACGUUUUCUUUACUUCGUGGGUUCGUUUUUUUUUUAUUCGUGAUCAACAUUUUCUAAUUGGUCCUCUCGUUUUCUUUUAAUCGUUGUCAUGUUUCAUUUUUAACUGAACGCACGGUGUUUAUUUUUUUAUUCGUGCGCGAAAUCACUGUAGUAGACACAGGUUGUGUUAUUUGUCCGGUGCAGAAGCGGCUAACAGCUCCCUGACGCUGUCUGACGGGUUUUGGUGAGUUAGACUGAUGAGAUAAUGAGAUGCUCAUCAGGUCUGAUUCUGAUUUGGGGGGUUAUGAGGAAACUGCAGCUCCUCUUCACAGCAAACGGCCCUCAGAUUCAUCAGUGCAGCUGCAGUUUGGUGGUGAAAUGAAGGAAGACAACAAACCGCAACCACAAUCUUCACUAAACUGCACUGAAAUUGUUAUAUUUAACAGACAUAUAAACGCAGCGCGGCCGUUUCUGCUCCCGCGACAAGCUGCGGUGUUAGAGACCAUCACACAAUUACGGGAAGAAAUGAUCAGCGUCGAUGUUUCAACAAACUCAAAUUAAACACACACAGAAACGUUCAUGUGGAAUGAGGUCAAAUGGCGAGAGAGUUUAAUAGAUCUAUGGAUCAGAUGUUAUGUUAAUGUGAGGAUGUUGAAAUGCUGAUCAUUUCUUCUUAUAAUUGUGUGAUGGUCUCUAAUUUGAGGAGCAGAAACACUGUGGGCCGUUUGCUGUGAAGAGGAGCUGCAGUUUCCUCAUAACCCCCAAAAUCAAAGUCAAACCUGAUGAGCAUCUCUGUUCAUCAUCUCAUCAAUCCAACACACCAAAACCCGUCAGACGGUCUCAGGGAGCUGUUAUCAAAACACAGACAAUCAGUAUUCAACAAUAUUCAGUUAAAAAUAAAACAUGACUACGGUUAAAAGAAAACUAGAGAACGAAUUAGAAAAUCGUGAUCACGAAUAAAAAAACGUACCCACGAAGUAAAGAAAACGUGCCCACGAUUAAAAGAAAACGAGGGAACGAUUUAAGAAAUCGUGACCACGAAUAAGAGAAAAUGUGCGUACGAACUGCAAAACGUUCACUCGAAUUCAUAAUUUUUUCCCUCCGUCCCUCCGGGGCUCCGUAAGAUCCUACAAAAUAUGAGAAUUACAUUUCACAGAAGUAAUACAGAAAUCAUGAUAUGCUGUAGCACUUUUACAUAACGCUUCAUUUAAACUGGGUCACAAAAAGACUGACUGGUCAACUCUGCUGGACAAACAGGCAUUUGGUGUGAAUGUUCUGUUGUAUGGUUUUGCUCCUAGUUGUCCUUUUUCUAGACAGAACCGAUUAUUUGCUAACCAGUUGUCGUUCCCAAGUACUACGAUUAACCAAACUGCUGACUUGCUUUAUGACGUCCAUGUGAACCACCGCUUUUUAAGGUGAGCUGUUAGAUUAGGGGGGAAGAAUUUGCCUCUACAGAUCAACUAUAAUCUUCUAUGCUAGUCCGAAAUGCACUUUAAAAGACUUUCAACAGCUCCAUUUGCUGUGUGAUGAAUUUUGAUUUGUUUGCUAUUUUUUGGGCGAAAUGUGCAUUGUGUGGUUUUUUUUUCUAACAGCAGAUCCGUAUCAAUUUAAUGAGUAUUUUAUUCUGAUAUAUUCAUAUAUUACGCAUUGACAAGAUCUUUGGCCGCUGAACUGUAUGACAGGUGCUGAAAUAAAGCGAAAAUUG